AUGGCCUCACUCCAGGUCCCAGUACGGGGAAAGAGCGGAGGUACACCAUCGACAAAGGCGGUGAUAUUGGUUGGUGGACCAAGCAGAGGAACGAGGUUCAGGCCGUUGUCCUUGGAUGUGCCCAAGCCUCUAUUCGAAGUCGCCGGCCACUCCAUCAUCUCCCACUGCUUCGCAGCAGUAACCCGUGUCCCUGAGAUCCGUGAAGUCUUCCUCGUCGGCUACUACGACGAGAGCGUCUUCCGCGACUUCAUCAAGGACUGCUCCCGCACCCACCCACAGAUCUCCAUCCGCUACCUCCGCGAAUACCAAGCUCUCGGCACAGCAGGAGGUCUCUACCACUUCCGCGAUGCCAUCCUUAAGGGCCGACCAGACCGCUUCUUCGUGCUCAACGCUGAUGUCUGUUGUUCCUUCCCUCUUGAGCAGAUGCUCCGCCUGUUCGAAGAGAAGGAUGCCGAGGCCGUGAUUCUGGGCACACGUGUUUCCAACGAGGCGGCAUCGAAUUUUGGUUGCAUAGUCAGCGAUGCGCACAGCAAACGUGUGCUGCAUUAUGUCGAGAAGCCAGAAAGCCACAUCUCCAACCUCAUCAACUGUGGCGUAUACCUCUUUGCGACCGAGGCCAUCUUCCCAAGCAUCAAGAGUGCGAUUAAGCGUCGUGCCGAUCGCCCACGGCUGGUCAGCUACCCGUCUUCUGACGCUCUGGACACCUCAUGGCUACCUCAGGAUGACGACGAAGAUGGUCAAAGGAACGAGGUCAUCCGCCUCGAGCAGGACAUCCUCUCCGACCUCGCAGACAGCAGACAAUUCUACGUACUCGAGACCAAGGAUUUCUGGCGACAAAUCAAGACCGCCGGCUCCGCCGUUCCAGCCAACGCUCUGUACCUCAUGAAAGCCUUCCAGCAACAAGCGGAAGAGCUCGCAAAACCGUCAGCCAACAUUCUCCCACCCGUCUUCAUCCACCCAAGCGCGAAAGUCGACCCAACUGCCAAGCUCGGACCUAACGUCAGCAUUGGCCCUCGCGUAACUGUCGGUCCGGGUGUCCGCAUCAAGGAGGCCAUUGUACUGGAGGAUUCCGAAAUCCGCCAUGAUGCAUGCGUGCUCUACGCUAUCGUCGGGUGGAGCAGCCGGGUGGGCGCAUGGGCUCGUGUGGAAGGCACGCCGACACCAGUUCGGGAGCACAGCACUAGUAUCGUCAAGAACGGCGUCAAGGUGCAGAGUAUUACCAUCUUGGGCAAGGAGUGCUCCGUGGGUGACGAGGUUAGAGUGCAGAACUGUGUGUGCCUGCCUUACAAGGAGUUGAAGAGGGACGUUACCAACGAGGUCAUCAUGUAA